AUGAUAGAGCAAGGACCGGGCUUCAAUGGAGAGGGGUUCAGCUGCCUCGUUGCCCCCGCUGUGGGAUCUGGGGGUGGGAUGGGAGAUAGGAUGGUGGCGAUGGUGGUGAUGGUGGAGAGAGAGAGCGUGCUCCCAAGAGUGGCAUUUGUCGAUUUUCCCAUCUCGGGUCUUCGGCAGGACAUCUGGGUCACACAGGACGUCGACUAUGCUAGACACGGCAUCGCGGACGAACCUGACAGCAGUAACCGGCAAUCCCGUCUGGCAUUUAAGCUUAAUGAGAGGAGCAUCGACCCGGCAUGCUGGGAAAAUGAAGAGCUCAGAGAAAGCGUGCAUAAAGACGUCGGUCCAGUCAGUCCGCGCAGGAGCACAUGCCGAAUCAAGGCCAGCCCGGCGCGCGACGAGUUGGGCACCGCGGAAUUUUGCUUUUCUGACAGCUCUUCCGCGUCGCCCCCCCCCACGCCUAAUCGAGAGAGUCAGGAUCCCGGCGGCCGGGCGAGGGAGAAACAUCGCAUCGAGUUGCGUUGGGCUGCUUAG